AUGUCUACAAUUCCUUCCUCGAAUUUCUCUACUGGUUCCUUCCUCUUCUCGCCCAACUCCAUGCUUGAGGGUUGCAGUUGCAGGUGUGACGUUGACAGAAUCGAGCCCGCGGAGCUUCCGGCCGAGUCGGCUUUGCCGAGCUCCAUGGUCGCGCACGCAAAACCCCACAAAUGGCGUGCUCAAACUCCGUCUCUAACUGGACAGCGGUAUCUACGACCUCCUAGAUCAUACUCCGACAGCCGUAACUUUCGACCUCACUCCAAUCACUCUAUCCACACUUCAUUCAUGACGAUAAGAUUACUAGCUCUGCCUGACAUGCCGCCUCCCCAGACCGACCUCAAAACCGUCGUUGAGAGCCGAAACCGAGAGUGGCACUUCCACAUAUACUUCCUCAUCCAGUCGCAGGCUGAGACUGCCGCGGCUCUUGCCCUUCGAGAUGCUGUCCUGAAGCUACGUCGCGAUGGGGCCUUCGUUGCCGUUCCGCUGUUCAGAGUCAACCACUACCCCAUGGGACCUCAUCCGGCUGGAUCGUACGAGAUCUGGGUGCCCGACUCUUCAUUUUCCGAUGUCUUCUUCUACCUUUCCGCAAACCGCGGCAACCUGAGUAUCCUCGUGCACCCCCUGACAUCAGAUCAGCGUGGAGACCAUGAGACUCGGAAUGCCUGGAUGGGUACGCCUUGGCCCAUAUUUCUUGAUGGCCUGCCGACCGAGGGAGAAAUCCCGCUGCAGUACCCGGAGCUCGGCCUUGGCUGGUCCACAUCGCCGAAACAGGAGAUCUCGCUCGAGGAGAGGCGGAAGAAAGGUGCAGAGGUUGAGGCUUUGCUGGCGAAUGACCCGGAAGCGGCUCCGGCUCCCAAGGAAUGA